UUUGCUUUUUUGGGGUUUUUUUUUUUCACACUUGAACAUCGUUCCCUCGUCUACCAAAGUCAACCUCACUGUCGCUGCAAUCAAUCUCCUCGAAAUUCUGAGAAGUGUGUUUCUGCGAUUUACUGAGAAAUUCUCAGUCUUUUGUCUCUUUGUUUUUUGUUCUUGUGUCAUUCUGAGCAAUAUUCAUCAUCACACUCAUGGCUCAGCUGCGACGCGUGCUGAUGGUCGUGCGCGACGUCGCCAAGACGGCCGAGUUCUACACGAGCGGCCUUGGGCUCAACACCCUUGCUGCGUCCGAUGCGACCGCGAUGCCGGACAAGGCGUUCGCCGAGCUCGAGCUCAACGCCGAGACCUCGCUCGUCCUCACAACAGCCACCCAGGAAGUAUUCACAUGCACCGGUUACUCGCCGAUCUUGACCUUCACAAUGCCACCCAGCGAGCUCGAUACGCGACUCUACGCACUCCUGGCAAAAGGAGCUAUAUUAGAUGGGCCACUCAAGCACGAGCUAUACGGCAAGAUUGCUUCACUGCGCACUCCGGACGGACACAUGAUUACCUUGUUCGAGCCAUCAGCGACUGCGGCAAGCCUGCGGCGUUGAUGGCUUGUCCAUUCGCAGAAAAAUAUACAUUGAUUGAUUUUGAUUUGCAACAACCCCCGCCCCCCCCC